AUAAAUGCGCGCGCAUAGUUGUGUCGUCAUUAUCAGGAACAGAAAAUGGAGCUCCCUCACUUAGGACAGCAGUGCUCAGAAAGUUUUUGUAAACAACUGGAUUUCCUGCCCCUGAAAUGUGAUGCAUGCCAGAAGAUAUUUUGUAAAGAUCAUUUCCAGUAUCAGCACCAUAACUGCCCAGAAUCAUUUAAGAAGGACAAUCAGGUUCCAGUGUGUCCACUGUGUAACAAGCCUAUCCCUGUGGACAGGGGUGAGUUGCCGGACAUCAAAGUUGGUCAGCACAUAGACACAGACUGCCAGUCUGACCCAGCAAAAGCAAGGAGAGGGCAGGUUUACCAGAACAGGUGCUCUAAAAAAGGCUGCAAAACAAGAGAGCUAGUGCCAGUUGUCUGUGAGAAAUGCCACAAGAAUUUUUGUUUCAAGCAUCGUCAUGAAACUGACCACAAAUGUCAAGGUUUUGAAGGCACAGGCAGAGGAAUGUCUAGAGCAGGAGCUGCUGCCAUGGCACGUAACACUACCAGUUCCAGUCAGUCAUCAAAACCUGGUGGUAAUAAGUCGACCAGCAACAGCAGACCGCAGCAGUCACUGCUAAGUAACAUGGGGAGAGACCUGGACAGAGAAAGAAGAGAGAGAGCUGCUCAGGGACAAGGUGCUACUUCAGCCCAGGCUGUGCAAGGUGCUAUGUCUGAAGAUGAGGCGCUAGCAAGAGCUAUAGCACUGUCCAUGGCAGAUUCACAGCAACAACCUCCUCCACCACAGAACCAACACAUGACACAGCAGGAGCAGGAGGACCUGGCCUUAGCUCAAGCCAUUGCAGCAAGUGAACAGGAUGCAAGGAGGCAGAAUCGACGGCAAAAGGUGUACUAAUUCCAUUUCCAGACUCAGGACAGCUCCAACAAAUCUUCCUGUAGUCUGUCUUGAAGAGGCCAGCACCACCUACAGUCCAUACCUGUCAACAGAUGCAGCCCCACCUAGCAACUUCCCCGCAGUGGAUAUCAAAACAAAAUCACAUUAAAGGGCCUCUUGUUGAAAAUGUCCAUUCCUCUCGCUUAUAAACGUAUUAUCCCAGGGAUUUGACCUACAAAGACAUGGAAAUUUGGCCAGAAAAAUUUGUUUAUUUUACAGUUACAUGUAGCACGAAUGAAUGUAUUCCUUUACAUAAUUUAUUGAAUCCUCUGAUGCAGUUAUUUUUACAUUAUCGAGCUUUUGAGAAUCUUUGCCACCUCAUGAUUGAAGGGCAGCAGGAGGUUUUUACCACCAACUUUCUACUGUGCAAUUACAUGUUUUUAUGUGAAAAAUUUCCAUAAAGUGAACGAGAUAACUUUACCUUAUCUUUACCUAUUUAAAUCUUACUUAUACUACAUAUGUAUUUAUAUUGUGGAUGAUGGUAUGUGAAGUAAGUGUAUACUGUAUUUAUGAAAGAUUUUUAACCAAGCUUUUAUUUUCUAUAAAUCCUUAUAGCCAAUGUGCACUCAAACAUGUUUAUGUAAAACGGUAUUGUAUAUUAUUCGAAAAUAUAUAUCUUUGAAUGUAUUUCAACUGUUCUCAAAGCUAGCAGAAAUAUGCUUCCAUUUUUUGUACGUGCGCCACA